AUGAUGUUCAAUAUUAUACAUCCUUCAAAGAAAGCAGCAUAUAACUUGUUACAAUUUAACUGCAGAGUGGUGACGUUCUCAAAAUGUUAUUUAAGCGAGAGUUUAUAUAGUAAAUACACAGAUAAUGAAAAAAACAAAAUAUUACAAGUUAUAAACAAUUCUGAUAUGGAUACCCUUUCACGUUAUGACAUAAGUAAAGUAAAAUUGAAGAAAAUUGCAGAAUAUCGGACCAAUAAUGGACAGAUCCAAACACUAUCUGACAUAGAAUAUGUGGAAGGAUUCUCUGAGAAAUCUGCCAAGAAACUAUUUACUAGUAUAUUAAAUGGAUCAUGUAACGAAAAAAAUACUUCUAGCAAGAUUAAAGGACAGAUUUUACAUCCCAAUUUAAGUCACAAUUUAGUUAAGGAUUGUCAGAAUGUUUUAAGUGUGUAUGUAACAGUUAACUCCGUGUGCUGGACCCUUGUCAAUAAGAAUAAUUAUGAGGUAGUGGAAUGGCAGUAUUUCGGCAUAGAUUAUCCCGAAGGCAAGAGGUUUCAGAUAACUGACAUAUUAAACCUUGCUUGGCGUAUUACCCAACAAUUGCCCACAGCAGAUAUUUACGUAAUGAAAGCGGAGGCGACAACACUCAGAGCGGCCGGCAGCGAUCCCAACAACCCUAAGGUCCUGGCUGUUAAUUUGCAGAAAGCGCAGAUGGUCUCCAUGAUUGUCGCCCUAAUUAACGCCAGGAGUCAUCAACAAUCGAUCGAUGAUGAGAAGGAUGAUACAUUACAACAAAAAGUAUACUUUUUGAGGCCCACCCUUCCGUACAGGUUAUAUGGUACUCUCGUCGGCAAUGAGAGGGUAUCAACAGAACAAACAGUAACCAUGCUCCUAAAAGAGUUAAGAGAGAGAUCACCGAAGAACUUACACGCGUAUGUUCCCGAGGAGCUGCAGGAGAUGUUCAGAUCUCAGAAUGACCUUCAAAAAGACAUGCUUGGACACUGUUUACUACUAAGUUUGACCUUCAUGGACCUAUGUAUUUAUAAAAACCAGGAGCGCGUCGCGAAGUUAAGUAAACGUGAAGAUAAAUAG